AUGGUCAUCACUCAAACCAAAGACGCUUAUUAUCCCCAGACCCCUGUCUCCGGGACGCUCCUGGUGGGCCCCAACUCCAACUCCACCGACUAUGGUGCGAGACACCGGGAUACUGGAAAGCGUAGGGAUGAAGAACAGAUUGGCACCUCAGUCAUUUCUGAGCGCCCCGACCCAUAUGCGUUCCGCACUGCGUUAUUGACCGAGGAAGAGUUGGCUGCCCUGCGACAGAAGAAGGCAGGCAAACGACUGGUCAAUUACCAACGCAAGCAGAAUGACCUCAUCAAUUCGCUGCUCAAGACCAUGGAUGAACACACGGAGGAGGCCAAAGCCGAUGAGGAGACCUCACGGCUACCGAUCAAAAUCGCAAUUUGGGCAAGUCUCAUCGGGAAUUUUGUUCUCUGCAUACUUCAGCUCUAUGCCGCCAUCACCUCCGCUUCACUCUCCCUCAUUGCUACCUCGAUCGAUGCGGUCUUCGACUUUGGCAGCAACGUCGUCCUGUACUGGCUGCACAAGAAAGCGUUGUCCAUGGACGUCAACAAGUGGCCUGUCGGCGGAUCGCGGCUCGAGACCAUCGGCAACAUCAUAUACGGAUUCUUGAUGAGCUCCGUCAAUUUGGUCGUGCUCGUGGAGUCGGUACAAGAAAUCAUAUCGCACCAUCACGACGAUGACGAGUUCCAUAUCCCCUCCUUGGUUGCGGUCGGUGCGGCGCUCGGCGUGAAGUUCCUGCUGUUCCUCUAUUGCUCCUCUUUCCGUGGCCGAUCAAGCCAGGUGCACGUGCUUUGGGAGGACCACCGCAACGACAUCUUCAUCAACGGCUUCGGUCUGCUCAUGUCCGCGGGGGGCAGCAGAUGGGUUUGGUGGCUCGAUCCCAUGGGUGCCAUCAUCCUCUCUGUCGGUGUCAUGGGCUCGUGGGGAUGGACGAUCUACCGGCAAUUCGGGUUGCUCGCGGGGAAGUCCGCGCCGCACGAGUUCAUUCAGCUCGUCAUCUACAAUGCGAUGACGUUCAGCGAUGACAUUGAGCAGGUCGACACUGUCCGAGCUUACCACAGCGGACCUAACUACUUCGUGGAAGUGGACAUCGUCAUGCACGCGGACACGCCCUUGGGGAAGGCGCACGAUAUCAGCCAGCAGCUGCAAGACAAGAUCGAGGUCCUCCCGAACGUCGAGCGCGCGUUCGUGCACGUCGACCAUGAGACGACACACGCCCCGGAGCACCGGAAGAACGUCUGA